AUGGCUAUUCAAUGGAAGAAUGGGAAGCUUGGGUGUGUGUACUACGACCAUUUGUUCCAAACACUCUAUCUGAUGGAAGACACGCCUGAAUCGACUAGAUUUGAGUUUGUUCGCCAAUACGAGUGUAUUCGUGUGGAAAAGAGAUCUUUCAAGGAAUUCGAUUCUAGAAAAGGAAGAAUCAGUCUAUUGAACUGGUAUAUCCAUCAAUCGACUAGCCAAGAUUUCCAUAGUAGAUCCCAAGCUGCAGAAGAUUAUAGUAACAACAACAAUAACGAUGAUGACGACGAUGAUGAUAGCAAGAGAACACAAGCUAUGAUUAGACUAACUGGCCUUAUUAAUCCCCAGAGUCAUAUUACAAUUGGAUGUGCAGGUGCUCUUUUAAGCUACUUGCAGCAAAUAGAGGACUGUGCUUAUUCAACAACAUCGAGCGGAUCCAGGCUGUAUCCUCUGUCCUUGAAGACCUUUACAAAUAUUUCAAUGAUUCUUAGCAAAUUAUGUGUACAAAUCAAUGCUGAAACAUCAAAAUCCUUGAGCCUAUUUGAAAAGGAUACUCACCCGAACAUGCACCAAAAGAGAGGCAAAGAAGGCUUCUCUCUGUUUGGUGUUCUUGAUCAAACAGUUACCCCACUGGGCCACCAUCUUUUGCGCCAAUGGUUACAAAGACCAAGCCUAGACAUCAGCCUUAUCAACACAAGACAUUUGUCUGUAGAAUAUUUCUCGGGUCACGGAAGAGCCGAAAUGGUAAAAGAGCUGGUUGGAUAUCUUGGAAACAUCAAGAAUGUGGCUCGUCUCUUGGCAAACAUUAGGGAACAUCGCGCAACUCACAACGAAUGGAACCAAUUACUCAACUUUGCCUAUUAUGGUAUUCGUAUCAAUGGUCUGUUUAAGCAUUCUCCACAAUUACCUAUUAUUUCCAAGAUACAAGCCAUAGAUAAACACCUGUUGAGAACUCUUGGUACAGAUAUAAAUGAUACAAUUGACUUUGGACAGAGCUCGACUGAGAAUAGAGUGGUAGUGAACACCAGAAUCAACAAGGAUCUCGAUCUAUUAAAAAAGAAAUACGAAGCCCUCGAUGAUUAUCUGCUCAGUAUUACACAAGAUAUGAGUGCUGAUAUGCCCAUUGGCAUUGGUGCCAUGUUGAAUGUGGUGUACUUUCCACAGCUUGGCUUUCUUGUCACACUACCGUACACUAUUACAUCCUACCCAAAAGACUUUGAGCUACAAUUUACAACAGGGGAAAAUCUUUAUUUCAAGAACCCAAAGACAAAAGAGCUGGAUCAAGAUAUUGGUGAUGUACAUGCUAUGAUGAUAGGCAAACACCCUAUUCAGGAAUUGUGGGUUGAUCGAUUUAUUCCAAACGACACCCGUCUUCGUCAGGCUUCCUUUAGUGCCGAACAGCAGUCAACAAUUGACCAAGACGGGGUUGGGCCAGGGAAGGUGAUGGUCUUGAGUGGAGCAAAUUAUUCUGGGAAAAGCGUAUAUUUAAAACAGGUUGCGUUGAUCACUUUUAUGGCUCAUAUUGGCAGUUUCGUACCUGCUUCACAUGCAACUAUUGGUUUGACGGAUAGAAUAUUUACACGCAUCCAGACAUCAGAGACGAUUUCACAAGCAAGAUUACAAGUUCAAAGUGCAUUUUCAUAUGAUCUACAGCAACUUCUUCAAGCAAUAACUUACUCUACCAGCCAUAGUCUGGUCAUUAUUGAUGAGUUUGGCAAGGGAACAUCAUCUUCGGAUGGUAUUGGACUAUUCUGUGCAGUAUUGGAAGAGUUUCUAUCCAAAAAAGCCCGGUGCCCAAAAGUGAUUGCGAGUACUCACUUUCAUGAGAUCAUAUCUAGGCAACUACUGCGCCCUGAUGGAUCGAUUGGCUUCUACACCACACAGAUCAUCAUAAAUCAGCAAACCAAUGGUUCUGAAUCUGAACCUUGUGAAACAGAUAGAGUCAAAGACAUUGUGUUUCUGUACCAGAUAGUUCCUGGUGUAGGGUUGAGUGGCUCAUACGGUGCUUGGUGUGCAUCACUUGCAGGAAUACCACCUAAAACUGUCAACAGAGACAAGAAAGAAAGUAAAGGAGAUAAUCUAAUAUUUACAGGUGUAGCGUUGUACUUGUCAGACAGGUUUGGUAGUCAACAGCCAAUCGAACCGCUUGAGAGUGAACGGGAGUUUGGUAUAUUUAAACAGCUGGAAGACUACAGUGAGGAGUUCCUGAUGAUCCCUGUGAGGAAGGACAGCCAGGGUCUUACACAACACCGAGAUUUGAUCAAAUCUAUAAGUGAUUUGUUCUCAAUAAACCAAGAAUAA